UGGACCUGUCACGUCACUCGAGGUAACAAGCAUUCGCAUUUAUUCCAAUCACGCCCGAUCUAGCUUGCACAACAGUAAAAAGCAAACAAACAUGGCGGACGGCACUCGGUCUCCUCCUCAUCCAUUCACUCCGAGCCUCUACGCCCUCCAUGGCCGAUCUGAGAGUCAUCCUCAUCUCCCCAGAACUCCUCCUCCAGCCAUGAGUACCAGCAUCGAGACUAUCGAGCCUGAAUAUCAGCAACCAGUGCCGCAUAUACCUUAUUCAAUGGAAGGAUCGGACGAGGAAGGCCAACGCCCACCUCGCUACACCCGCGAGAACGACCCUUACCAGCUCUCAAGCAAGCUCAAAUCCAAAGCAGAAAUCGACCAGAUCCAAGCAAAUAUCAGCAGACGACGGAAAUGCAUUUCAAGCGAGCAAAAGGGACGAACCAACGCUGACAGGAGGAGGAUACAAUCGUUUUACCGCUCCCAGAAUGAGAAAAUUGAGCGUCUACUGAAACCAGUUGACGAACAUAUCAGACAUGCAAAGGAGUUGAACGAACAGAACCAACUCAAGUACAAGAUUGCGGUCUACGGCAGCUUUGCCGCCAAUGUUGUCCUCUCCAUUCUCCAGGUCUACGCUGCCGUAUCAUCGGGAUCUCUGUCUCUUUUCACCACGAUGGCGGACGCCAUCUUCGACCCAAUGUCAAACCUGACCCUGCUUCUCUGUCACAAGGCCGUCAAGCGAGUCGACCCACGCAAAUUCCCUGCUGGCAAGGCCCGGAUCGAAACAGCUGGAAAUAUCUUCUUCUGCUUCCUCAUGACCGCAGUCUCCUUUAUCCUUAUUGCCUUCUCAAUCAAGGAUCUCGUUGAGGGCAGUAAUUCCGAGACAAACAAGUUCUAUCUCACGGCCGUCAUAUCUGUGUGUAUCGCCUUUGCUACAAAGCUGUCCCUUUUCCUUUACUGCUGGGCAAUCCGGAACCAGUACUCUCAGGUUAGAAUUCUCUGGGAAGACCACAGGAACGACCUCUUCAUCAACGGACUCGGUAUCUUAACUUCCGUAGGUGGGAGCAAGCUUCGGUGGUGGAUUGAUCCCGCCGGUGCCUUGAUGCUGUCUGUUCUCAUUUCCGGCUUGUGGACCAAAACCGCCUAUUCCGAGUUUCAGCUUCUGAUCGGUGUCACGGCUGACACGGAGAUGCAGCAGCUUAUCACCUAUAUCUCCAUGACGCAUUCUCCUCUGAUCACAGCCAUCGACACUGUACGUGCAUACACCUCCGGUCCUCGCCUGCUUGUAGAAGUGGACAUCGUCAUGGACAGAAACGAGUCUCUGGAGGCCACACAUGAUGUUGCCGAAGAGCUUCAGACAAAGCUGGAGAGUCUCCCAGAUGUUGAGCGAGCUUAUGUCCAUGUCGACUAUGAGACCACGCAUAAACCUGAGCAUUUCUUGAAGAAAGAGCUAUAA